ACCCAAAAUAAUUUUCUUAUCUUAAUUCACUAAACCACACGGAUUGCUAUAAAAACGUGAUUUUUAGAACUUGCUCGGAGUAUUCAAGUGUUCAAAAUGAUCUGUCGCGCAUUGAUCCUCGUAGUCCUGGUGGCUGCAGUUACAGCAGACACAGAGCCCUUGCUAUGCAUGCGGUAUUGUAUUCAAGUGAUUAGUGAUCCUGUUUGUGGUUACAAUGGAAAAGUUUGGAAGACAUUCAAUAGCCUUUGCGAUUUAAAGAACGCUGAGUGUUCAGAGCGAGCCACGUAUGAAGUAAAGGAUUCAGCUGAGUGCGCAGCUCAUGAAAUCACCGUUCGUAUCGAUGAUCCAGUUGGGCCAAUAUUAAUUGACAAAUGUAAUUUCAUGUGCUUGGACGUUUACAGUCCAGUCUGUGGAUACGAUGGAACAUCAUAUGUAACAUUUUCAAAUAGCUGCGAUAUGAGUCGGGGCAGCUGCUUGAGAGGAACAAAAUUCGAAAAAGUUGCAGAUGAAUUAUGCGGUAUUAGCAACGUAGCCGAAAGGAUUUCCAGUUGUGGAAAGUUUUGCCCUGAUUACUACAAGCCUGUAUGUGGAUUCAAUGGCAAGAGAUAUAGGACGUUUUCAAACACAUGCUUCAUGCAAUUAGCUAACUGCAACGAUGCUGAAAACUACGAGGAAGCCUCUGGCGAGAAGUGUAACCUUCUUCAAUUAUACUAAAAUGAUAACCUUUUGUAAAAAAAUUGUACGUCAAUAAAGCAAAUAUAAACCAACUCUAAAAAUCGGAA